AUGACAGUUGUUUUGAUUUUUGUUUCUGGAGCCUCAGGGGAAGGAACACCGCCACCACAGGCUCCAAUCACCGGUCGAGAUUGGAGGCGUCUUAUUCGCAGUGUCGAUGACAUACGGCAGUGGAACGAUUACUUACAGGAGCAGUUAGAGUAUUAUCGCUUCGAGCAGCAAGACGAAGGGGAACGUGAAGCCGAGGCCGUGGCAGUGUUUGAGUCGUUCUCAGCGGCGGUGAGGGAGGUGGCUAUCCCGGACAACAUGAAGAAUGUCGUUCUUGAAACGUAUAGCGGAAAGACUGAUCCAAAGGAGCACCUGCUUUAUUUCAACACGAAAAUGGUAAUUAGCGUUGCUUCCGACGCGGUGAAAUGUAGGAUGUUCCCAUCGAAGUUUAAAGGCACAGCCAUGGCUUGGUUUACGACUCUACCUCGGGGAUCUAUCACAAAUUUUCGCGACUUCUCAUCGAAGUUUCUCGUCCAGUUCUCCGCAAGCAAAACCAAGCAGGUAACGAUCGAUGACCUAUACAAUGUCUGCCAAACAGAGGGUGAAACUUUGAAACAGUAUGUGAAGCGAUUCAGUGCAGCGUCUGUUAAAAUUGAGGAGUCAGAACCACAUGCUUGCGUGCACGCUUUCAAGAACGGGCUGCAGCCACGAAAGCUGAACAGUAAGUUGAGCCGUAAGCCGGCUCGGUCGAUAACAGAGAUCCGGGCGCGGGCAAACACUUACAUCUUGGACGAAGAAGAUGAUGCUUCCAAAAGAAAGCGUGCAAAAAAUGGAAAAGGAUGA